UUGUAACAAAACGCGGUGUUUGACAGGAUAAAUGUCGAAAGAUUGCAGCCGCAAAACGUUUAUAAAUAUUUGUGUUUAAAGGAUAUUAUUGAUAAAUAAAUUAUGGCGGAUGCAGCGGCACGACAGCUGCAGUAUGAAUACAAAGCCAAUUCUAAUCUUGUCCUGCAAGCCGACGUUCGGUUAAUCGAGAGACCACGUCGCGAUGAAGCUACGGGUGAAGUUGUUUCUUUGGUUGGGAAGUUGGAGGGAACUCGAAUGGGUGAUCGCUAUCAGCGUUCCAAGCCGGAAAAGACAGAGGAGCGCAAAGCAAAGCGACAGAAACGAGAUGAAGCCCAAUACGACUUUGAUCGCAUGAAAGGAGCAACUCUUCUCUCAGAAGGUAUUGACGAAAUGGUGGGAAUUGUCUACCGUCCUAAGACGCAGGAGACCCGGCAGACGUAUGAGGUGCUGCUCAGUUUUAUUCAGGAGGCACUAGGAGAUCAGCCUCGCGAUAUUCUUUGUGGUGCUGCAGAUGAAGUGCUGGCUGUACUUAAAAACGAAAAGUACAAGGAUCGUGAGAAGAAACGUGAAAUUGAUAGUUUGCUUGGAUCAGUGGCAGAUGAGAGAUUUGCGUUGCUUGUAAAUCUUGGCAAGAAAAUUACGGAUUUCGGUUCAGAUGCCAUUUCCGCUUUAGGCGUUGGGAACGACGAACAAAUCGAUGAAACUUAUGGUAUCAAUGUGCAGUUCGAAGAAUCAGAAGAAGAAAGUGAUGAGGACAUGUAUGGUGAAGUUCGUGAUGAUGACGGUCAAGACGAGGGUGAAGAAGCGCGCAUUGAUAACACUCUUCACGCAGAAAAUCUUGGAAACACUGAAGAGAACGUGAAAAAGGAAAAAGGGCUUCAUCCACUAGAUAUUGACGCUUAUUGGCUCCAACGUUGUCUCAGCAAAUACUUUGAUGAUGCCAUGGUCUCACAAGCUAAAUCAGCGGAAGUUCUUAAAAUCCUUAAGGAUUCUGGAGACGAUCGAGAAUGCGAGAACCAAUUAGUACUUUUGUUGGGCUACGAUUGCUUUGAUUUUAUCAAACAAUUGAAAAAGAAUCGCCAAAUGAUUUUGUAUUGCACUAUGUUGGCUUCAGCACAAACGGAGAGUGAAAGGCAGAAAAUUCGUGAUGUGAUGCGAAAUGAUCAUUUCCUGUCUAAAAUAUUACGUCAGCUUGAUACGGGAAAAAAUGAAGAUGACGAACAUAGCGGCUCUUCUCGGUCACAGAAACGGAAGGAGGAUACUGAUGAUCAUAGUCAUGGCAUUGCUGGCCAAGUGAUGGGUGAACGGAAAGUCCUUGAAUUGGAAGAUAUGGUUUUCACACAAGGUUCACAUUUCAUGGCAAACAAGCGAUGCCAACUGCCCGAUGGUUCUUUCCGGAAGCAGAGGAAAGGUUACGAAGAAGUUCACGUCCCCGCUCUGAAGCCAAAACCAUUCGAUGAGAAGGAAGAGCUACAACCAAUUGAUAAAUUGCCGAAGUACGUUCAACCUGUGUUCGAAGGAUUCAAAACAUUGAAUCGGAUCCAAAGUCGUUUGUGGAGAGCUACUUUGGAAUCUGAUGAGAACUUGCUUUUAUGCGCUCCAACAGGCGCAGGCAAGACUAACGUUGCUUUAUUGGCCAUGAUGCGUGAGAUUGGCAAACACAUAAAUGAUGAUGGAACCAUAAACGCAGAUGAAUUCAAGAUUAUUUACGUUGCUCCCAUGAAGUCGCUAGUACAAGAAAUGGUUGGUAAUUUUGGUAAACGGUUAUCGAUGUAUAACCUUACCGUAUCUGAAUUGACUGGAGAUCAUCAAUUGACUAGAGAGCAGAUUGCAGCUACUCAAGUAAUUGUAUGUACCCCAGAAAAGUGGGAUAUUAUAACUCGGAAGGGAGGGGAGAAGACUUUUACAUCGUUAGUGCGAUUGGUUAUCAUUGAUGAAAUCCAUCUACUGCACGACGAAAGAGGUCCAGUACUAGAGGCGUUAGUAGCGAGAACCAUUCGAAAUAUUGAAACGACACAAGAAGACGUUCGGCUCAUUGGCUUGUCCGCUACUUUGCCAAAUUAUCAAGAUGUCGCCACAUUUUUACGUGUGAAACCUGAGAAAGGAUUGUUCUACUUUGACAAUAGUUUCCGUCCGGUGGCCCUUGAACAACAAUACAUUGGUGUUACCGAGAAGAAAGCACUGAAAAGAUUCCAGGUAAUGAACGAAAUUGUCUACGAGAAAACAAUGGAACAUGCUGGUCGAAAUCAAGUGCUUGUGUUCGUGCAUUCACGGAAAGAAACUGGUAAGACGGCACGUGCUAUAAGAGAUAUGUGUCUUGAAAAGGAUACUCUUGGAAGUUUCUUACGUGAAGGAUCAGCUAGUAUGGAAGUGCUGCGAACAGAAGCUGAACAGGUGAAAAACAAUGAAUUAAAAGAAUUAUUGCCAUACGGUUUCGCUAUCCAUCACGCUGGCAUGUCUCGUGUUGAUCGUACUCUCGUCGAGGAUUUGUUUGCAGAUCGUCAUAUUCAAGUAUUGGUUUCAACGGCUACACUUGCUUGGGGUGUGAAUCUUCCCGCCCACACUGUCAUAAUCAAAGGCACUCAGGUUUAUAAUCCUGAAAAGGGCCGAUGGGUUGAACUCAGUGCUCUGGAUGUUCUACAAAUGUUAGGAAGAGCUGGUCGUCCCCAAUAUGACACAAAGGGUGAAGGCAUCCUUAUAACUAACCACAGUGAAUUACAAUAUUAUUUGUCAUUAUUGAAUCAGCAACUCCCUAUCGAGUCGCAGUUUGUAUCGAAAAUGCCAGACAUGUUGAAUGCUGAAGUGGUUCUGGGUACAGUUCAGAAUGUGAAGGAUGCAGUCAGUUGGCUGGGUUAUACUUAUUUAUAUAUCAGGAUGCUAAGGCAACCGAACUUAUAUGGAAUAUCACAUGAUAAAGCGAAGGAGGAUCCAUUGUUGGAGUUAUAUCGAGCGGAUUUAGUUCAUACGGCUGCUUUGCAUUUGGAUCGGAGUGGAUUAAUGAAAUAUGAUCGGAAAAGUGGUCACUUCCAGGUAACAGAGUUGGGUCGAAUCGCAUCGCACUAUUAUUGCACUCACGACACCAUGAUGACAUACAACCAGCUUUUAAAGCCAACCCUCAGUGAAAUUGAAUUGUUCCGGGUGUUCUCAUUAUCAUCAGAAUUCCGUAACAUUACCGUUCGUGAAGAGGAGAAAUUGGAACUUCAGAAAUUGAUGGAGCGUGUACCUAUCCCCAUCAAGGAAUCAAUGGAGGAACCCAGCGCAAAGGUUAACGUUCUACUUCAAGCUUACAUAUCCCAGUUGAAAUUGGAGGGUUUCGCUUUGAUGUCAGACAUGGUUUUCGUAACGCAGUCAGCCUCUCGUCUUGUACGAGCCAUUUUUGAAAUUGUCCUCCAUCGUGGAUGGGCUCAGUUGGCUGACAAGACGUUAACUUUAUGCAAAAUGAUAGAUCGAAGGAUGUGGCAGUCGAUGUCUCCGUUGAGACAGUUCAAGAAAAUGCCUGAAGAAAUAGCCAAGAAAAUUGAAAAGAAAAACUUCCCAUGGGAAAGGCUUUAUGAUUUGGAACCCAAUGAAAUUGGAGAGUUGAUUCGUGUCCCUAAACUGGGCAAAACAAUCCAUAAAUUCAUUCAUCAAUUCCCGAAGUUGGAAUUGUCGACACAUAUUCAACCGAUUACGAGAUCUACACUCCGCGUGGAAUUGACCAUUACACCAGAUUUUCAAUGGGAAGAGAAAGUUCACGGACAAAGUGAAGGAUUCUGGAUUUUGAUUGAAGACGUCGAUUCAGAGGUGAUUUUACAUCAUGAAUUCUUCUUGCUCAAAGAGAAGUACGCUAACGACGAACACUUGAUUAAAUUUUUCGUGCCAGUGUAUGAGCCUCUUCCGCCUCAAUACUUCUUAAGAAUCGUUUCCGAUCGUUGGAUAGGAGCUGAAACGCAAUUGCCAGUAUCAUUCAGGCAUCUUAUUCUGCCCGAAAAGAACCUUCCUUCGACUGAAUUGCUAGAUUUACAACCGCUUCCAAUAAGUGCUCUGCGGAAUCCAAAGUUCGAGGCGUUCUAUAAUGAAAAGUAUCAACAAUUCAACCCUAUCCAAACACAAGUUUUCAAUGCUGUUUAUAAUAGCGACGAUAACGUGUUCGUUGGAGCUCCAGUGGGCUCAGGAAAAAUGACAAUUGCCGAAUUCGCUAUUAUGAGACUUUUCACUCAAAAUUCGGAAGGAAGGUGUGUUUACUUAGUGUCCAAAGAAUCUUUGGCAGACCUGGUUUUUGGCGAAUGGCAUAACAAAUUUGGGCAACUUGGAAUUAAAGUUGUGAAGCUGACAGGAGAAACUGGUACUGAUUUGAAAUUGCUUGCGAAGGGUCAAAUUAUUGUAACAACGGCCGAGAAAUGGGAUAUCCUUUCGCGGCGUUGGAAGCAGAGGAAGAAUGUUCAAAAUAUUCAAUUAUUCAUUGUUGAUGACUUACAAUUGGUAGGAGGUGAAGAUGGCCCUGUUCUAGAGAUUGUGUGCUCUCGUAUGCGCUAUAUUUCGUCACAAAUCGAGAAACAAAUUCGUAUCGUGGCAUUGGCAUCAUCUUUGGGUGAUGCACGAGAUGUUGCUCAAUGGCUGGGUUGCAAUGCAAACACCACAUUCAACUUCCACCCAAGCGUUCGCCCCAUUCCACUGGAACUUCAUGUUCAAGGAUUUAAUAUUACUCACAAUGCGUCCAGAAUUGCGGCCAUGUCUAAGCCAGUUUACAAUGCUAUUACCAAACAUAGUCCCCAUAAGCCAGUCAUCGUUUUCGUAUCUUCGAGAAAACAAGCUCGACUUACCGCUAUUGACAUUCUAACCUAUUGUGCAUCUGAGUUGCAACCCAAUCGAUUCUUCCACGCUGAAGAAGAGGACAUCAAACCAUUUUUGGAUCGCAUGUCCGAUAAAACCUUGAAGGAAACCCUAUCGCAGGGAGUUGCAUACAUUCACGAAGGUUUGACUGUCUCGGAUCAUCGCCUUGUUGAGCAGUUGUUCGAUUCCGGAGCUGUGCAAAUUGCUGUUGUAACUCGUGACUUAUGUUGGGGACUGAAUAUAUCGGCGCAUUUGGUAAUCAUCAUGGACACACAGUUCUAUAACGGAAAGAAUCAUUCAUAUGAGGACUAUCAAGUAACGGACGUUCUUCAAAUGGUUGGUAGAGCAAAUCGUCCCAUUGAAGAUGUUGAUGCAAAAUGUGUGCUGAUGUGCCAGACUUCUAAGAAAGAUUUCUUCAAGAAAUUCCUCAACGAGCCGUUACCAAUUGAAAGCCAUUUGGAUCACAGAUUACACGAUCAUUUCAAUGCAGAAAUUGUAACCAAAACAAUUGAAAAUAAACAAGAUGCUGUCGAUUAUUUGACUUGGACGUUCCUUUACAGACGUCUGACACAAAAUCCGAAUUAUUAUAAUUUGCAAGGAGUUACACACAGGCAUUUAUCAGACCAUUUAUCUGAGCUUGUUGAAAGCACCCUAAGCGAUUUGGAACAAUCGAAAUGUAUAAGCAUUGAAGAUGACAUGGAUACAUUGCCAUUGAAUUUGGGAAUGAUUGCAGCUUAUUAUUAUAUAAACUACACAACCAUUGAAUUGUUCAGUCUGUCGUUGAACAGUAAGACCAAAAUACGUGGUCUCUUGGAAAUUAUCUCAUCAGCUGCUGAAUAUGAAGAUAUAGUGGUGCGACAUCACGAAGAAAAUAUUUUGCGAAGCUUGGCUCAAAGGUUGCCAAAUAAAUUGACUGGUCCAAAUGACAGUGCUCCAAAGUACAAUGACCCUCAUAUCAAGACAAAUUUGCUGCUCCAAGCCCAUUUGUCUCGUUUGCAACUCGGUCCUGAACUUCAAGGCGAUACCGAAAUUAUUCUGAGCAAAGCCAUACGAUUAAUUCAAGCAUGUGUCGACGUACUUAGUUCUAAUGGUUGGCUUUCACCUGCAGUCGCUGCCAUGGAGUUGGCGCAAAUGGUUACCCAAGCAAUGUGGAGUAAAGAUUCAUAUCUUAAGCAGUUACCGCAUUUCAAUCAAGAAAUUGUCAAGAGAUGCACUGAUAAGCACAUCGAAACUGUUUUCGACAUAAUGGAGUUGGAAGAUGAAGACCGCAUCAAAUUGCUUCAACUGUCUGACUUGCAGAUGGCUGAUGUUGCUCGGUUCUGCAAUCGAUAUCCAAACAUUGAAAUGAAUUUCGAAGUUGCCGAUCAAGACCGAAUCAAUUCAGGAUCGACUGUUAAUGUCGUGGUUCAAUUGGAACGUGAAGAUGAAGUUACUGGACCAGUAAUUGCACCAUUCUUCCCACAGAAACGCGAAGAAGGCUGGUGGGUGGUGAUUGGAGAUCCUAAAACCAAUUCACUUCUGUCAAUUAAGCGACUUACUUUGCAACAAAGGGCUAGAGUCAAGCUGGAUUUCGUUGCUCCAAGUCCAGGUAAUCAUGAAUACACACUUUAUUUCAUGAGCGAUUCGUAUUUGGGCUGCGAUCAGGAGUACAAAUUCUCUAUCGAUGUCGGUGACUUCCAGUCGGAAAGUGAAAGUGAAUCUGAAUAAAAACAUACUGCGAGAAUGGUGUGAUCCAGUAAUACAAGUGUAUCAGAAUUUAUAUUAAAAUAAAGUAGAGUUUUAAAAUGA